UAACCUUAACAUGCUCCAUCAGAAGUUUAAUGCCCAAAAUUUCUGAUGCCAACUCUUCUUCUCAGGCAUUUCUAGAGAGAAUCAAUAAAAGAAAAGAGUUUGGUACAAUAGUACGUCUGACCUUUGGCCACAGCACUGACCCUCCCAUUGAUGACCUCAGAGUGGACACCCAGACCUGGAUGAACAGAGUCAUCAACAACGUGACAGCAGAAGAUAGCAUAGUCAAACUGUCAGGCAGCACAGACUAUCACAACUUCCUCCUGUUGUCUGCAGAGGACAGGUCAUCCUGUAGCCACUCAGCAGACGACACUCUUAAUAUGGACCAUUGCUUUGCUUACUUGAUGAAAAAACCUGCAGACAUCAAUGGAGCAAUUGUAGACGAUUUAAUUAAAAUAGACAGGCAGAUGAAUCGCAAGCAGAAUGAAGAUAACAAAGCUAAGGAAAAAAUAUCAGAUACUUUAGGGACUGAAAUAAACUUUGCAAAUGCAUUAAGGAAAAGUGGAAUUAUUCAAGAUGUCAGAAAAGUGGCUGGUAAAAGUUCCCAGACAGGAAGAGGAAUUACCCACAAUGUCAAGACACCAGAUAAUGAAAGUGAAAGCAAAACUGGGUCAUACUGGUUGAUUUCACCUGAAAUUGAACAACAUGUGAAAGAAUUGUUAUCGGGGCAGCCCAAGUAUUCUCCGGAUUCACUGGUCAAAAUUGAAACCAAGAUAGCGGAUGCACAGGCUUCAGUGUUGAACCAGUGGAUAGAGUUCAGACAAGCAGAAGGACAGUCAACAAAAAUGGCUUAUUCCGAGCUGUUACAGCUGCUCUCUGAAGUGAGAAAACAGUGUCUCAGUAUUAUCAGCCAGCAGUGUGUCUUCCCCAGGACAAGUAUUAAAGAUGUGAAACUUCUUCCCAAAGACUCAUUCUCAGAGUUGGCUGUGGAACCAGACCAGUGGUUAGAGAGAGAAGCUCUGCUCCAUGUUGAAGACACUGUGAAGAAGAUCCAGAGAUACAAGUCUACAGACAGUCUGGGGGGACUCAUGCCACCUGCCAAAGAUGACUCUGUGACAUUAGAUGUGAGUGAAUUCCUGAAAUAUUUCAAGGCAGAUGGCAGCAGUGUAGCAGACAACCUGAAGCCAGUACAUUUUGGUAGAAGUAAGCAGUCACACCAGGUGGACGGGUCACUCGACCCUGACGCAGUGUCCACUAUGAGGUGGCCGGAGGUGAAGAGGAGAUGUUACCAUGAUAUGUAUUACAACAAUGAUGACACCACAGCAGAGAGGAAAGAACAGAAAGCAAAUCGUAUUCGGAGCAGAUAUAUUGGGAAUGAAACCGGGUCAACGUGCAAUGUCCAUCAGAGAAGUCAACCAGUCACCAUAGCUCAACUGACCAAUGCAGCUAAGAGAGAGAAAGAAAGAGACUUGAAGGAGCAAGAAAAGUUAUCAAAUGAUGUCGCCAAGAAAGGGAAAAGAAAGCGAAUUGGAGAAUCUACUCCUAGUGUGAAUAGAAAUAGUCUACAGUCAGUUAGACAGUCUGCAAGAAAGAGCAAAGAUGGCGCCUCCUUGGAAGAUCCUGUGCAGAUGUCUGCCAGAAAUAGAAAGAUACUUGUUCCAGUAAAAGCAGCUGAAAGAAAGAAGGCUGUGAAUCAACCAAAGGAUGCAAGAAGAGGAGAUUGUGGUAGAGAAGAGAUAGCAGCACAAUUCAAGAUGUCUGCCAAAGCCCAGUCAUCAUCCCAGCCAGCCAGUAGAGAGUCCAGAUCAGAGAGACACAGGCGGAAACUGGAGGAGAUUGUCACAGCCACUCUGGUAGCCAAUGGUAUAACAACUGACCACUCUCUUUAUACGUCCUGCAAGACACGGCUUUAUAAACUGACCAAGAUGUAUGUUAUGGAUCUAACUACUUCAAGAAAUCUGAAGGAAGAAAUGAAGAAAAUUGCAGAAGAUCACGUAAAACAGGUCAUCAGUUUUGAGACAAAGAGAAUAGACCCAACAGCUUCAUGAUAACAGCUAGCCAAUCCUGAAUCAUAACACAGUGUACAGUACAAGAAGUUCAGGAAUGACUUUGGGCAGAUUAUUUAUUGAAAAAUAAGUGUGUAAUAAUAAACUGUGCAAUGACUCCAGUUACUGAGUCUGACUUAAUUUGUACAACUUUGAGAUAGCCAAGGCAGAGCUAACUUGGUGUGAAAUCUUGGCUUGUUGCAUUUUUUUUUUAAUUUAUUUAUUUAUUUAUU